AUGGUGGAAAUAAUCAGCCUCGUCCCUGACGCUCAAGUCUUCAUCUCGGGACUGGGGACUCUCUCAAUACUUAUCAUUGCUUACUGCGUGGCCAAGGUCAUAUACAAUCUUUACUUGCACCCUUUGCGCAAGUUUCCGGGCCCGAUGUUGUGGGCAUCCAGUGCACUCCCAGCAGCCUUGAACAACGUGUCUGGCAAACCUCACAUCAAGCUACUAGAUCUGCACAGGCAGUAUGGUGAAGUGGUCCGCAUCGGGCCCAAUGAGCUGGCAUUUGCGCAUGCGGAUGCCUGGAAAGAGAUUUGCGGACAUCUCAAGCAUGGGCAGCACGAACAUGGCAAAGACCCGAAAUACGCCGACGAAAGCCUGGACAAGAGCCUCAUCUCUACUUCGCGUGAAAGGCACGGUCCUAUGCGGAGAACUUUGGCUCAUGCUUUCUCGGCACGGGCCAUGGCUGAUCAGCAACCCUUGAUCAACAGAUACAUCAAUUUGUUCCUACAAAAGAUAAGCGAACGCUGCAACAAUGGUACCGUGGCCCUCGACAUGACCGACUGGUAUGAAUUCAUGACCUUCGACAUGAUUGGCGAUCUGGCCUUUGGUGAAUCGUUUGGGUGUCUCGAAAAGGAAAAGGCCCACCCUUGGGUCAACAUUCUCUUCGACUCGCUCAAAUUUCUGCCCUGGCUCCAAGCGAUAAACGACUUUCCUUUUUUCUCCAUCCUCAAGCCAUCGUAUUUCGUACUUCUGAUGCCUCGAGAUAUUUUGAGGAAGCGGCAAGACAGUAUCGAGUUUAGCAAGGCCAGCUUGGGGAAAAGGCUUUCCUCGCCAAUAACUAGACCCGACUUUGUGGAUGCUAUGCUGGCAGCAAAGGGUGGCUACUCCAUGUCAGAACUAGAAAUGGUCGACAAUAGCGUGUUGCUCACCACGGCUGGCUCGGAAACAACUGCGACAACCCUGACCGCGACGACAUACUUCCUGGGCACCCAUCCCGAGGUCUUGGCCAAGCUCAGUACAGAGAUCCGUUCAUCCUUUAAGAACGAGGAAGAGAUCAACAUCAACAGCGUCCAAAAUCUCCCAUACAUGCUUGCGGUUCUGAAAGAGGUCAUGCGGGUGUACCCGCCCGUACCGAUUGCACUAGUUCGGAGAGCCGCACCAGGAGGCGCCGAGAUUGCAGGUAGAUAUAUACCAGAGGGGACAACUCUCGGUAUUUGGCAAUAUGCGCUAUACCACCUAUCCUCCAAUUUCCUCUGCCCUGAUGAAUUCAUUCCAGAUCGCUGGCUCGACGAUCAGCGAUUUGCGAAUGAUUGCAAGGAUGCCCACCAACCAUUUUCUUAUGGUCCACGAAACUGUAUCGGUAUGAAGUAA